AAUAAGGAUAGAAUAAUUGUGAGGCAUCGACGAUGGGCGCAAGCAGCGAGCCGACCCAGGAGGGGUCGGAGGAGCAGCAGAAGCGUUCGGAGAUCUACACAUACGAGGCCCCCUGGCACAUCUACGCCAUGAACUGGAGCGUCCGUCGAGACAAGAAGUACCGUCUGGCCAUCGCCUCCCUCCUCGAGCAGUACCCCAACAGAGUAGAAAUCGUCCAGCUCGACGACUCCAACGGCGAGAUCCGCUCCGACCCCACCCUCUCCUUCGAGCACCCCUACCCGCCCACCAAGGCCAUCUUCAUCCCCGACAAGGACUGCCACCGCCCCGACCUCCUCGCCACCUCCUCCGACUUCCUCCGCGUCUGGCGCCUCCCCGACCCCGACGACCCCCACCCCCCCCGCGUCGAACUCAAGUCCCUCCUCAACGGCAACAAGAACAGCGACUACUGCGGCCCCCUCACCUCCUUCGACUGGAACGACGCCGAGCCCCGCCGCAUCGGCACCUCCAGCAUCGACACCACCUGCACCAUCUGGGACAUCGAGAAGGAGACCGUCGACACCCAGCUCAUCGCCCACGACAAGGAGGUCUACGACAUCGCCUGGGGCGGCGUCGGCGUCUUCGCCUCCGUCUCCGCCGACGGCUCCGUUAGGGUUUUCGACCUCCGCGACAAGGAGCACUCCACCAUCAUCUACGAGAGCUCCGAGCCCGACACCCCCUUGGUUCGCCUCGGCUGGAACAAGCAGGACCCCCGCUACAUGGCCACUAUCAUCAUGGAUAGCGCCAAGGUUGUCGUCUUGGACAUUCGCUUCCCCACGCUACCUGUCGUGGAGCUCCAGCGCCACCAGGCUAGUGUCAACGCUAUUGCCUGGGCCCCCCAUAGCUCCUGCCACAUUUGCACCGCUGGGGAUGAUUCCCAGGCCCUCAUCUGGGACUUGUCUUCCAUGGGCCAGCCCGUCGAGGGCGGCCUUGACCCCAUUCUCGCCUACACCGCUGGCGCCGAGAUUGAGCAGCUUCAGUGGUCCUCCUCUCAGCCCGAUUGGGUUGCCAUUGCCUUCUCCACCAAGCUUCAGAUUCUUAGGGUUUGAUUUUCUUCACUCCUUUUCUCUUCCGUUCCACACUUCUGUUGCUGUUUCCUGUUAACCCAACGGAGAUACUUUUCUUUUCUUUUCUUUUUCUUUAGGCUUUAGUGCAUUGAACUGCUAGUUAGUUUGUAUUAUUCAUGCAUUCUUCUUCACUGCAAAUUGCCCUUGUACGUAAAUGCUUUCACUUCUGUUUCUUCCUUCUUCUUUUUUUUGCUUUUACUGGUUAACUCAAAGAAAUUCACUUAUGAUGCAC